ACUAGUAGGAUUAAUGUAACUAGUAAAACUACGCACUGGCAUUGUAACUUAUAAGCGAACUGAGAAUGGUUGUGGUACUUUUGCAAUUAGUAUUAUUAAUUGUUAGAUCAGUAGAAGUGAUACUUACUGAACAGGAAGAUAAUUCUCAGAAAGGAACAAAUGGCACUUGUUUUGAGACUGCAUUCUUAACCAUAUCUCCCAAUGUAAAAGUAUUAUACAUCGAUAAAGGUGAAACUUUUAUUUUGACAGUACAGUUGGCACGCCUCAGCUGGGGGCCAAGUCAGGUCAUGGCAAGAACAUCUGAACCAAAUAUUGUCUUCAUCAAAGCAAAAUAUGUGAGCAAAGAAGUUCUUAGUACCAGAGUUAACAGGGAUUCAUGGGAAUUCUUUAUCACAGGACAUAAAAAGCUACAGAGGAAUAAACAACAAAUGGAAACAAAUGUAGUUGUGGCUGGAGUGAGUACAGACUCUAAGUGCAAUCCACAUAUUGAGAAGAAAAUCCGAGUCAUUAUUGGAUGCCCUCCUUCCAAGUCUAUUUCAGUUGAGGAAGACACUUCGUACUGUCCAAAACAUAUUUCAAGUGUUUUCAAAAUUCCCAAGAAUUUCUACAAAAACGAUAUUGUGAAAUCCAUCAUGAACAAAAAGUAUAGUUUUGAUGAUGAUGGAAAUUUGCUUGUUCCAUACCUCUUAGAUGACUGGGGAUGCCCAUUUACUUCCUUGUAUUUGGGAAACUUUAUACCAGGACUACAACUCAUGAGCAAUGGAAAAAAGGUAGGCCUACUUAGCGUGGACUUUGUAGUUCAUGAGAUACAUGGUAAUGAAGAUUUUGCAUAUUCUAACACUGUGGAAAAAGCAGGUUGUUCAUGGAAACCUCAGUCCUGGAGUGAGAUGAUCAAGAAGUGCAACUCUUGUAAUCCAGAUUCUGCCUGGUCUAGGGAGAACUAUCAAAGCUGCUUUGUGGAAGGACCAGAAUCCCAACUUUUAAGAGAUGCAGACCUAUCAAUUGAGUAUCAGGUUUUGAAUAGUGCUGCUGAUAACAAACUUUUGUGGAGUUCUGAAUCUGCUAACUUUUAUGUUUUUGAGGCAAUUGUCAUGGAUUCAAAUUUGAGUUACUGUGACCUUCGAACUAAGUUUGCUGUUAUAAUUCAUGGGCUUCCAGUCAAACACAUAUUGCCUACUCUUGUGAUCCUAUUUUCCACUUUGAUUUAUUUAUCUAUCAGUAUAUUAGUAUGCUUCUGCAUUCAUUACUAUUCUCUGAAAUAUAAACUUGGAGUGGAAAAAAAGCUGCAAAUCAUGGAUGAAAUACUAAAGCAAAAGGAAAAAUAGAUGCUCCACUAAAUCAAAUUUUAAUUAACUGCAAGUGCUGAUUUUGUUAGUUUGAGUCGCUAUCAUACAUGUGAAAUAUAGUUACUUCUUUUAAAGCUUUUUUUUUCUCUUUAAGUUAAAACAAUAUUACAUAAUGGGAUUAAGACUGGUGGUAAAUCUGAUAAAUAAUAAAGUAUGUACCUUCAUAAUAAUCUACAGUAAUUCCUUAAAUAAGCAUAAAAUGAUUUAAAUAUAUUGUCAUAACUAUUUGUUUUGCACUGAUUAGUUGCUCCAUCAGGGAGGGACUGAUGGAAUAUAUAGUUGUUCAAAGCUUAAAAGGUGUUGUACUACUUUUUCUUGUUUAAACAACUUACUAAUUUCUUAAACUUAUUUAGUUUUCAGAAGUUUUUAAACUAUAGCUAUUUAGACUUGACAUAACUAUCUCAGAUGCCUAAGAUUAAUGUUUAAAAAAUAUGCUAGAAAUUUCACUUCAAGCUAGAAAACAUAGUACAUAUUAAUAAUAAUUCAUACAAACUUCUUGCACUGAUAUUCUGUACAAAAAGUAAAAUAAAAUAGUUCCAAUUGAA